AUGGCAGCUGUGACCACGAUUGGAACCAGAGCCCUCGGCCUUUUCUUCCUCCUCCUCCUCCUCCUCGCCUCCCUUUCCACGCUGUUGUACAACGGCCUGCUGGAUCGAGAUCCCUCCGGGCACCGGGACCGGCCGCCGGCUGUCCAGAGGAACGUCAGCGUCCUGCUCUGGCACUGGCCCUUCGGCCGUUCCUACAGGCUGGACGGCAGCGAGUGCCUCCGCAUGUACGCCAUCGACCGCUGUCUCCUCACUGACCGCAGGUCCUCGCUCCCCUCCGCCGACGUGGUGGUGUUCCACCACCAGGAGCUGGGCGCCGGGCGGUCAGCUCUGCCCCUGGACCUGCCCCGCCCCCCCUCCCAGCGCUGGGUCUGGCUGUCCCUGGAGCCGCCCGCCCACAACGCCGGCCUGGACAAGCUGAGCGGCCUCUUCAACUGGACCAUGAGCUACCGGCGGGACGCGGACAUACCCGUCCCGUACGGGGAGAGCUUCCGGGGGGCCUUCAGGCCCAGCUUCCCCCCGGCCGAAAACCGCUCCUGCUUCGCCAGCUGGGUGGUCAGCAAAUACUUCCCGGAGCAGACCCGUUCCCGCGUGUACCAAAGUCUACGGAAACACGUCCCCAUCGAGGUCUACGGGAAAUGGAACCGCCGACCACUGGCGGACCAGAAGCUGCUCCCCACCAUCGGGAACUGCCUCUUCUAUCUGGCUUUCGAGAACUCGGAGGCCAAGGACUACAUCAGCGAGAAGCUGUGGAGGAACGCUUUCCAGGCGGGGGCCCUCCCGGUGGUUCUCGGCCCCGGGCCCGCCACCUACCGGGCCUUGGCGCCCCCCCGUUCCUUCAUCCACGUGGCGGAUUUCCCUACGGCGGGAGAUCUGGCGGCUCACCUGAAGCGAUUGGCGUCAGACAAACAGGCCUACGAGGAGUACUUCCACUGGCAACACACUCACGGGAUCAAACGCUACACCGACUGGAGAGAGAGGCUGUGUCAGAUUUGUGUGAAAUACCCGAGUUUAACCACCCCGAAGGUGUACCAGGACCUGGAGGGAUGGGUCAACAGCUAA